UCCCCGUGGUCUAAAAACAAAAAUCCCAGGCGUUGUUUAGACGCCAUUCUACUGUUUUAGUAAUUUUCAAAUUUUUGGUAAUAUUUGGUGUUAGCCCUAGAAAUGGAAUCGGAAGAAGUUGAACAAGUUGUGGAUGAGGAAUCACACGAUUCCGAAAUAAAUGUAAUUCCUGUGCAGUUAGUGGAAUCUUAUGAUGUUACGCUCACUUCGCCAUCAAACAGUUCAAAUAUUUCUAGGGGAAAAUAUUACAAGCAAACAUAUCGCCCGGCAUGGGAGCAAAUGCCUGAUUUCAAAGGCUGGCUUAGAGGAGUUGAAGGGGAACCAACAAGGGCUUACUGCACAUAUUGCCAGAAAACUCUACAUGCUCAUCGUUUAAGUUUAUUAAAACAUACUUGUACUAUUCGGCAUCAAAAGGCAGCUCAGUUACAUAGCAACAGGAAAAAUAAAGUACAAAACCAAAAUUCACACAUGGAUUCACAAGAGAUGCAGGUCAUAAUAAACGAGGGAACAAUAGCUCAAGAUGACUUAGAUGAGGACGGGGAAACUCAUACCGUGGAAUAUGUGGAUGCAGGUGAUAUAGAAGAUGGCGAUGUUGAAAAUGACAAUGAAGAUGAGGAGGAUGGUGAGCCAGUUCCAAUGGAGUUUCAUAGGGUUCAGUUCCAGAAGCAGCAACAACAACAGCAGCAGCAGCAAAAUCAGAUACUGGAGAAGCCUCCGAUUUCUACUCACGUAAUUGACAUGACAAGAGGACAACCCAUCACCGGAUUGCAAGUCAGCCUUUAUAAAUUGAUCGAUGGACGGUGGACGUACAUUAACGAGGGUGUUACAAAUUCUAGUGGUAUGUUCUCGCAGUUUCUGGAUAGAUCAGAUUUUACUCCGGGAAGGUACAAGUUGCACUAUGACGUCGACCGUUAUUUCGAGGCGAGGAAGCAAGAUACUCUUUAUCCCUUUAUAGAGAUAGUCUUUGACAGUUCUUUAUACACAGAAACGUACCAUAUUCCCAUGUUACUGAGUCCUUAUGGGUACACUACUUAUCGAGGAUCUUAAUGUAAAUUUAAGUAUUUUAGAUAUUUUAGCUAUUUGUCUGCAUCUGUUAGGAAAUUAUUUCACUUUUUGUAAUGUUUAGUUAAGAUCGUUAUUGUUUACCUUUACUGUACACCGAUGUGUGUGUAUAUAUAAUUGCUAAGGUAUACUUUGUAUCUUGUCGGAAGUAAAUUUUUAUAAAAUA